AUGUCAUCUGACUCAAAUAAAAGUUAUCUUUUAUAUUUUUUAAAUAGCAACGACAUCAAGAUUUUAAAUUUAGAUAAUUUAUUAGAUAACCAAGCUAAUAAUAAAAAUAGACAAUUAGUAACUAUGAAUGAAAUUUUGGAGGAACAAUUGAGUUUCAAUAAGAGACAAUUUCAAAAAUAUACACAAUUUAUGAAAGAAUUAUUAGAAAUUGAAAAUAAAAAAGCACGUAUCAUGGAUAUAUUGUCAAGAUCUUUAAUAAAGAGUAUGGAAAAUACCAAUGAUCAAUUAAAUAAUAUUCGAAAUCAAAUUAACCAAACAAAACAAUAA